AUGGUUAAGCUGCUAAAGUAUCCUCACCAGCCAUUCCUAUGUUACGCCAUGUCUCAUUCUGGGGAUGAGUUUUGGGAGGAAAAUGCCUCAGCCCACUUCGAGCCCAUCGUCUCGCGCCAUUUAGUUGAUGUAAAAACACUCGAAGAAGAUGAAAUGUAUCUUUUCAAAGCUCGGGCAAAACUUUUUCGCUUUGAUGCCAAAUCGGACGAACCUGAGUGGAAAGAACGGGGGACAGGAGAACUUAAAGUUCUUUCAAACCCUGAUACGCACUGCUGUCGAGUCAUUAUGCGUCGAGACAAGACGUUAAAGAUUUGUGCAAAUCAUUGCAUUCUUCCCUGCAUGGAAUUACGAGCAACCGCAGGUUCGACCAGAGGUUUUGUUUGGAUGGCGCCUAGUGAUUUCACCGAUAAUGAGAUAAAGGCUGAAAUUUUGGGUGUUCGUUUUGCAAAUGCCGAAAUUGCACAAGAAUUUAAGAAGGCUUUUGAUAAAUGUAAGCUGUCCCCGCAUGGAUUUUCUAAUCUACCAGCGAAGUUCUCUGAAAAGAGUGCGUUGGAGCCGUCCAAAGAAACCGGAAAAGUUCCAGGUUCUACAACACCGGAGAGUACAUCGAAGGCAGCAGCAAAUCAGUUAACCGAUAGAUUGGCGAAACUUGAAAUUCAAUCACAGGUGGAAAAACAGUCAGUCGAUGUUGCAGCCCAUUAA